GUGAUGCUGUGCGAGAGUGACAUUGACAAUUAGCGGAAUACUAAAAUACUAAGUCAUCGAAACCGUGACUUUCAAAAAAAUAAGUGAGAAGCAUACUUAGAAUACAGUUAAAAAUGGCGACUUCGGUGAUCAAUACUUAUGCCGGCCCCAGCAUGCCCGAAUGGAUGAGCGCCCCGCAUAGCACGGGCACCUCUAUCAUGGCUUGCGAGUUUGACGGCGGCGUCGUGAUCGGCGCGGACUCGCGUACCACCACCGGCGCUUACAUCGCCAACAGAGUCACGGACAAGCUCACCAAGAUCACGGACCACAUCUACUGCUGCCGCUCUGGCUCCGCGGCCGACACUCAAGCCAUCGCAGACAUUGUUUCUUACCAUCUUAACUUCCAUAAGAUGGAGCUGGGUGAUGCUCCGCUAGUGGAAACUGCAGCAUCUAUUUUCCGAGAGCUUUGUUACAAUUAUCGCGACUCACUUGUUGCUGGGAUCCUGGUCGCUGGCUGGGACAAAAGGAAAGGAGGUCAAAUCUACAGUGUACCAAUAGGUGGUAUGAUGCAACGGCAAGCUGUAUCUAUUGGUGGAUCAGGCUCUACUUAUGUGUACGGUUACGUGGACGCCAACUUCAAACCCAACAUGAAGGAGGAUGAGGCCGUGAAGUUCGUGACCAACACGCUGGCGCUGGCCAUGCUGCGCGACGGCUCCUCCGGCGGCGUGGUGCGGCUGGGCGUCAUCACGGAAGCCGGCGUGAAGCGGUCGGUUAUCCUUGGAGAUCACCUACCCAAGUUCUAUGAGGGCUAAAGUUUUUGUGUCUAUUUUUUACUCAAUAAAUUUGUGAAAUAUU